AUGUCCCGCUUCACCCUCUCCUCCCACACCCAACCCGUCGCUUCCGCCAGCACCUGGGAGGACAUCCUCACCCCCCUCAACAACCUCCUCGAAAGGCCCCCAGAGUCAGCAUGGUGGUUGGAUGUCCGCGAUCCCACGGAGGAAGAUGUAAAUGACGUCGCGCAGGGAUUAUCCAUCCAUCCUCUGACGGUGGAGGAUAUCGUCAUCCGUGAACCGAGGGAAAAGGUCGAGGUUUUCCGGAACUAUUAUCUCAUUUCGUUCCAGACGUUAGUAUCCUUCAGUGAGAAGGAGGAUGAUGUGUAUACCGAGUGGUCGAAGACGCCGUCGUCCGCCGUGUUCUAUAUCCUAGUAUUCACGAAUGGAACCGUCACGUUCUCGCCGAGUGGUUGUGGACAUGUGCGGCGGGUGAGGGAUCGUGUGCGCAGGCUUUACGACCCGUCCAUCCUAUCCAGUGACUGGAUCUGCUACGCUCUCAUCGACGAUAUCGUCGACUCCUUUGCUCCCUACAUGCAAUCCGCCUCCCGCGAGUCCGAAGCAAUAGAAGACCAAGUCUUCAUCGCGCGCGUCGACGACGCUAAAUCCCUCAUCCCGCGAGUGGACAUUCUCCGCAAAAAGAUCACCCACCUCAUUCGGUGUCUAAACGGCAAACUCGACGUGCUCAAUGGCUUCGUGAAGCGCUGCCAGGCAAAAGAUAAACACCCCGUCUUUCCCGACGGAGAUCUCAUCCUGUAUCUAGGCGACGUGCAGGACCAUUUGAUAACGACAAUGUCUAAUUUGUCUCAUUUUGACGAGAUCGUGGGAAGGAGUCAGGCGAAUUGUCUGGCGCAGCUAAGCGCGACGAACCUGCGAUUGAGUUUGAAUAUUAACGAGGUUAUGAGUAAGGUUACGGUGUUAGCGACAAUUUUCGUGCCGCUGCAUUUGGUGACGGGGCUUUUCGGGAUGAAUGUUGAGGUGCCCGGGCAGGAGGAUAAAGGGCUUGCGUGGUUUUUCGGGAUUGUAGGUGUUUUUGUGGCAUUUAUGGUGUUGGCCUGCGGGGUUGCGUGGAGGUAUAAGUUGUUGUAG